AUGGUCGUCGGUGAUUCCAUCUCGCACGGCCGUGAGGGUGACUGGACAUGGCGGUAUCGAAUCUGGGAAUGGUUUCGUCAGCAAGACAUCCGCGUACGCUUCGUAGGGCAGUACAAAGGCACGGUGCCUCAAGAUGAUCCCGAGCCUCCGCAUCCACCUCCGCUCGUCUCGGAGCCCGCACAGCCAACACCCCCCCUCAGGACCGAUGGCGGAUAUGCUGCUGGCGUUGCCCCGGAAUUUCUUGCCAACUCGCAUCAUUUUUCAGCGUCGGGACGGCAAGCGUACCAGGCCCAGUGGCUCAUCGCUGAGCAGGUCGCCUCCUAUGAACCCGACUUUUGUUUCGUCCAGCUUGGCUUCAACGAUCUUGGAUGGUGCGUGAGCGGACCCAAGGAUACUCUCGCGAGCAUGAAGCGCCUGAUUGAUGAGGCAAGAUCUGCGAAACCGGACCUCAAGUUUGCUGUCGCCAAUGUGCCGCACCGGACCGACCUGCCCGGCCGGGAGGACUUGCCCGUCAACACUGACAUCUACAAUAUGUUGCUCGCGCGGUGGAUUCCCUUCUGGAAUUCACCUGAGUCGCCCAUUGCUCUGGUGCGCUUCUGUGAGAAUUACUCAUGCGGCGGCACCACCUCGGACGCAGCCUACGACGGCCUCCACCCAAAUGCCCUUGGCGAGUACCAGCUUGCCCAAGCCUUCUCGCGUACCCUUGUCUCAGUAUUCCACCUAGGCCGCACCGAGCUCGCCGUACCAAGGGAGAUCCCUUCCCGCCCUCUGUCCACUCCCACCAAUUUCAAAGCAAUCUCAGCACCAAGCGGCAUCAUCGUGACCUGGGACCCCGUCUACGGCGCAUAUGGUUACGAGCUUCGCGUACGCAUGGCCGGUUCUGCGGACUGGCCGCUCCCAUGCUACGUAGCCUUCAACCGCUAUGAUACGCGCUACUGUGUGGCUGGCCAGCGGUGGGAGUACCAGGUUCGUGCGAGCGGAGGAGAUCACCUCAAGUCGGCCUGGAGCGGUGUCGUGUCUGCCGUUGCACAUACCGAAACGGCACCGGGACCGCGCAAUAUCGUUACACAUGCCACGCCUACCGGUUUCACCAUUUCAUGGGAGCCUCCUCAGGGACAGUUCACCGGUAGUAUUGAUCGGUAUGGCGUCCUCGCAUUCGACCGUGACGAGCCGGGGGGGUUCCCAUGCGUCAAUCAGGGCGUCAGGGGGGAAUUUGCCGAGAUGGCUGGGCUCACGCCAGGCCAUCACUACAACAUUGCUGUCGAAACGUGGACGAGCGUUGGCGGAGGACUCCCUGCCGGGGCAAGGUCCGUGACGGUUGGGAAAGAGACGCCGCCUGUGCCUGUGUGCGUGCGCCCCAUAGCCAUCGACGACACAACGAUCGAUCUUAGAUGGAGCGGUCAUUGGGAUGCCGCGGGAUACACAAUCUGGAUUCGCCAUGUUCCUCGUUCGAACGCUGACGACUCUGACAAUGUGCGGAGCCGCCCCCAGCGCUUCUGCGCUGUUACGCCAAACAUUCAGCUGGCAGACUCUGCAUCUCAGCGCCGUCUUCUAUACAACUUGGAACCCUCAGUUUGGGACCUUCAGUUUGCCGUCAGCUCGUAUAACGGCAACGACGAGUCAGAGCUUUCGGAGUGGAUGGAUGCGUCUCAACCAGCAUUGGAAGAACCGUCUCUGGGAAAAGGGGACACCAUAUACAUUAACCUGGACUAUUUGUGA